AUGCCUUUACAUACUCCUGAUGAUAUUUUGCAAGAUAUAGCCAUGAUUUUUGUAUUGGGCUUGCCUUGUACACAUCGAGUCGGUCUGACCCAAUACCAAAACCAACAAGCAUACGGCCUCGCUAUUUGUCGUGGAGAUGUAUCGACCUCACAAUGCAAAACUUGUGUUUCAGAAGCAACUAAAGAAAUUCUAAAUCUUUGUCCAUUCAAUAAGGGUGCUAUUAUAUGGUACGAUAACUGCAUGUUCAAGUACUUGGACAAUGAUUUCUUUGGCAAAAUUGAUAAUUCAAACAAGUUCUCUUUAUUGAAUGUACAAAAUGUUGAUGAUCCUAUCAAAUUCAACAACGUUACUAAGGACUUAUUGAGCCUACUUGCUUAUGAGGCUUCUAUGGAUAAGAAAAUGUAUGCGAAUGGAGAGUUGAAGAUUGGAGAAUUAGAGAGAGUUUAUGGACAAGCUCAAUGCACUAGAGACCUGUCUAGUGUUGAUUGUAAGAAGUGUCUUGAUGAUGCAAUUAGUGAAAUUCCAAAUUGUUGUAAUGGAAAAAAAGGAGGAAGAGUUGUUGGUGGAAGUUGUAACGUUAGAUAUGAAAUUUACCCGUUUGUUAGGGAGUAA